GGGACGGUUCAUAAUUCCAGAGCUUUCUCAGCUAAAUCACGAACCUUGGAAAAGAUUCAACUUUACUGUCCAAUUCCUUCAUCAGUUGUUGGGCAAGUUUUGUGCGGGUCCCUGGACACAUGUCGAAUGGGUUCAUCAAACUGCCCCAUCCGGAGGAAGCAACAAAAUUCACCGGUUUUGAUGGCUGGAAUUCCGGACUGUUUAACCUCGCGAGCGCUCUUAUCCGAAUGUUCGCACGGGUAACAUUUAACCCGCUGUGCCGUGACUCCAUAACCCACUGCACUAACCUUUCCUCCAGUGCAAGAAACAUGGUUGUUACACCGCGUGCUGCUCUUCUGCCUAGAGGAAUUAGUGACAAUUCUGACCUUUUUCGUCAUUUUCCCACUUGCAUUUCAUUCAUCGUGAAAUGGCGUGCAGCCAUAUAAUUAUUAGAGUGCUCCGCA